AUCGGGCUGCAGCUGGAGCUGCUUUACUCUCGCGGUGUUUGGUUCUUUUCAGUGUUCUGUUCCAUUGCUUCAGUAUACAGUUGUUUAUGGUGGCUUCGCUGUAGUUAGUGUCCCUGUGAGGUGCUGACGACGCAGGACAACAGAAAUUCGGAAAUGAACUCAGUGGCCUUUGACGAUGUGGCUAUAAACUUCACCCAGGAAGAGUGGGCUUUGCUGGAUCCUUCCCAGAAGAAUCUCUACAUGGAUGUGAUGCAGGAAGUCUUUAGGAACCUGACUUCUAUAGAGAGCAUGUGGGAAGACCAGAACACUGAGGAUGAGGACAAUAAUCCUGAGACAAAUCCAAGUAGGCACAUCCUAACCAACUCUGGAUACAACCUAUACGAAAGUGAAGAAUAUUCUGAGAAGCCACAGAAACACUAUGGGAACUCCUUCAUUUCUCUUAUGAGCAUUCAAAGACACAUGAUAAUGGAAACCGGAAGUAAACCUUAUAAGUGUAUGCUAUGUGGGAAAGCCUUUCACUUCCCCAGUGAAUUUAGAAUACAUUUAAGAACUCAUACAGGAGAGAAACCUUAUGAAUGUAAAGAAUGUGGGAAAGCUUUCAGUCAUUCCAGCUCCUUUCGAAAACAUGAGAGGACUCAUACAGGAGAGAGGCCCUAUGUGUGUAAACAGUGCGGGAAGGCCUUUAACUGCUCUGGUUCCAUCCGAAAACAUGAACGAACUCACACUGGAGAGAAGCCCUAUGAGUGUAAACAGUGUGGAAAGGCCUUCAAUUGUCCCAGUUAUGUUCAAAUUCAUGAGAGAAGUCACACUGGGGAGAAGCCCUAUGAGUGUAAACAGUGUGAUAAAACAUUCAGCUGUUCCAGUUCCCUUCGAAAACAUGAGAGAACUCACACUGGGGAGAAGCCCUAUGAGUGUAAACAGUGCGGGAAGGCCUUUAGCUGUUCCAGUUCAUUUCGAAAACAUGAACGAACUCACACUGGGGAGAAGCCCUAUGAGUGUAAACAGUGUGGGAAGGCCUUCUUUUCUCUCACAAGUGUUCGAACACACAUGAUAAAGCACACUGGCAAUGGGCCUUUUAAAUGCAAUGUGUGUGAGGAAGUGUUUGCUUUCUCCAGUGUGUUUAGAAGACAUCAAACCUCGCAUGCUGGAGAGAAACCCCAUGAGUGUAAACAGUGCAGCAAAUGGUUUAGUUCUCCCACUUCACUUCAAAUACACGAAAGAACUCAUAACGGGGAACAGCCCUACACAUGUACACAAUGUGGUAAAGCAUUCCGUUGUCCCAGUUACAUUCGAAAACAUGAACGAACUCACACCGGGGAGAAAUCCUAUUCAUGUAAACAGUGUGGGAAGUGGUUCAGUGCUUCCAGUUCCCUUCAAAAACAUGAGCGAAUCCACACUGGAGAAAAGCCCUAUAAGUGUAAACAAUGUGGUAGAGCGUUCCGUCGGCCCGCUUCCAUUCGAAAACAUGAAGAAACUCACAGUGGGGAGAAACCCUGUGACUACAGUGUGGGAAAGCCUUCACUUCAGGCUGAUAUUGAUUGCUAGAUAGUCUUAUGAAUCUAAGUUCUGGUAAAUCCUUAUUUUCUCUCACAUAUUUUUGAAUAAAAUUAUGAAGCACACUGGAAGUG